GUAACCGCAAUUUCACUCUCCUCAAAAUCACCAUUUUCUCGCCUUAAUUCUAAUCCACUGAAGCUCUCACCACCCAGGUUGAAUAAAAAAGUUUUUACUGCUGUUUCCGAAGAAAAAGUAGUGGAGUCUAGUGUUUCUGGUACUGGUGAUGCUUUCAAGCUCACUUAUUUGGAGGGGAAUAGUUGGUUAUGGCAAAUCGGAGGGGCGAAUAUAUUGGUCGAUCCAAUCUUGGUUGGGAAUCUAGACUUUGGAAUUCCUUGGCUGUAUGAUGCUGCAAAGAGGUUUUUGAAAAAUUUCAAGCUUGAUAAUCUUCCUGAAAUCGACUGCUUACUGAUUACGCAAAGCCUCGACGACCAUUGUCACCUGAAGACGUUGAAGCCGCUUUCUCAAAAGUUGCCGAAUCUCAGAGUUAUUUCGACUCCUAAUGCUAAAUCGCUUUUGGAUCCUCUGUUCAACAAUGUUACAUAUCUAGAACCGGGUCAAAGCUCGGAUAUCCAAGUCAGCAACGGUACUUUAGUUAACGUUCGAGCUACUCCAGGCCCAGUUUUAGGUCCACCGUGGCAACGUCCGGAGAACGGUUAUAUUGUCACCUCUCCUAACCGCCAGCUGUCACUAUACUACGAACCCCACUGUGUGUACGAUGAGAAUUUAUUGGAGAAAGAAAAGGCCGACAUAGUUAUCACGCCUGUUAUAAAGCAACUCCUUCCAGGUUUCACUUUGGUAUCUGGGCAGGAUGAUGCAGUUCGACUAGCUAAGUUGCUGCAAGCCAAGUUUGUUGUGUCAAUGAGAAACGGGGAACUUGACGGCAAAGGGCUUCUUUCUGUUAUUGUUAAGGCCGAAGGGACCAUGGAAUAUUUCAAGGAAAUGUUAUCGAAAGAAGUACCAGAUUCGAAAAUUCUAGAGCCUACGCCUGGAGUACCGCUCGAAGUUCCUCCACCUGCGGAUCACAACAGUUCGUAAUGCACAAAACCUUGAAGUAAUUACUAAAAAUUAUAUUCUUUAUAUACAUGUAUAUUGUAUACAUAUACUACGACAUAUAAAGAAUGAGUGUGAUCAAUUCGGACGUAUUAUAGAAAUUAUCGCUGAAACAGAUAAAAACGCAAUUGU